GCCAUCUUUAUCGCUCAGUUUAUUCUACGACGUUCGAAUAGUGUCACGGAUAUGAAAAUACUGUUAUUAUUAUUUGUUUUACACACGGCCUUCAGCGAUGACUUCGGGAAAUCUUACAUGAAAAAUGCACGACUGUGUCGAGAAUGGACGUGCAUCAACAACAAACUCGGCCUAGGCGAUUCGCUGCCUGCACGAGACCAAUACCGCCAAGUUCUGAAAGAAAUAUUACCUGAAGCAUGGCAUGGCGCGGUCGAGCCCGCACUAGAAGGAUGCUACGUCAACCGUACGCGGCGCUACACAAACACAUGCCCCGGACAAGCACUCUUACAAUGCACUGUAGAAAAGUUGAUUGAGAGUUGUCCAAAUGCAUACUGGAGAAUGAAUGACGGCUGCUCAAACGUUUCAUCGCUGGCUGGCUUCAAAUAUAUGUUCUCGCAAGGCUUGUAUGAAAACCUAGAAGCGAAUUUAUCUUACGAGCAACGCCCGCCGUGGUUUAUGAAAUACUACUUCAACUCAAAAUGCUGCGACCUGCCAGAAUUAUUCAACAGUACAACACUGACCGAAUGCGGGUUCACACACGUGAUGCACUAUCACAGACACAGUCCCGUCCGCGUGGUCACCCUCGCUCCGGAACCGGGUAGCGAAACUGAGGCUUCACCCACGCAAUCUACACAGUCCGGUGAUUCAUUACGCGUAGUGAGUCUACCUCCUCUACCAGUUAAUGAUGAUUCUUCCGAUGAUCCACUGGAUUGCUGCGAUAUGUCCGGCUUUAUUCAACCAUCAUGGCGGUCUGAAUGCGACUUCCGGUUAAAGUGGGACCCUCAGGCGCGACUGACCAUAGAGAAUCCAGCUAUUACUACUACACCCGUGCCAACAACUACUACGACGGUUAAACCGAGACUUGAUGUGAAAGUUCUGCCGUUGUCUUGCGCUCAAGAAACAUGCGUCUUCCGCAAACUGAACAUCAUCACCGAAGCAGGCACCGUCGACGUGGAUGCGUUCUCUAAAAUGCUAAACAACCUGACUAUGGAACACCCAUCGUGGUCCAAAGCUAAGGCUAGGGUGGUCACUAAGUGUCUGACUUGGCCGAUAAAGAAUUAUGAGGCAGAAUGUGAGAUUAACAAGGUUUUGGCGUGCACUUUUGAUGUUUUGUCUGAGAAUUGUCCUACUGUGAAGAAGAACGACCCCUGCAAGCAUUCAAGUACUGUAACUAACGAUAUUGUUUGCCAAAUCAGUUCAGCCAAAGGCCUGUUUAAGAACCGUCACCAAUUUUGCGAUAUCCCUCGGCUAAUCAAAUACGACACAGUUCUACAAGAGUGUGGAGUGAGCUCCAUAAGUCGUCUAGAGUAUUCCACGCACGUGGUACCUGUUGUGAAGAAACACGAGCCCGUAUUCGGGUGCAAGAAACUAUCCGAGUCCACAACCUGUCUGCUUUCCAAAAUGGGUUCUCUCAACAAAUACAAGUUCAUGGACUAUUUCAAGAUGAAGGCCAAUAUAAACGACUUCACAAGGACUCAUACUGAAUGGCUCGCCUUACAUGAUGCGUAUAUAAGCGCAUUCACUAGUAUGCCCAUGUAUAGGAACCAUUGCAGCUCCCCAAAGAAGUUGUUGAAUUUGAUCGACGCUAUGUUGAUGACUUGUCCUUUAUCGGCCCGCAAAUCAUCGCCGAAAUGCUACAAAAUGCUAAACGAAAUCUCCCACUCAUCGGUAGCAACUCAAAAUGCAACGAAGGAACAAACUGAACAAAUGCUUAACCAAUUCCAUUAUAUCUUCUUCCCCCCAAAGUCUCAACAAGUCGUUGUUAGGAAAACUAAAGUUGCCAAAAAGUACGACUUUGGCAUUUUAGAUACUGGCAAUGUGCCAACAGUUAGGAUAAUAGACGUGAAUCCUACGGCUCGACCGAUUAAAAUUCUGUUGCCUGUAUAUCAGCAGAUGCAUAGCAAUUUUGGGCCUUUAAACUUACACGGACCACGUGAUUCAGUUUUGAGAGGAGGUCCUGGGUUGCCUUGAUUCGUAUCAUUUUUAUCAACAAAAUAUCAGAAUUUUAGAUGCGUAUUUUUUUGGUAACACAGGAGACAAAGGGUUUUUAAGUAACGCAGGAGACAAGGUUUUUUUGUAAAUAAAAUCUGUUAUUUUUAAUAUGCGUUUCUGCAUUACGUAUCUGUUAUUUGAGUGGUAAUUAUAUAAUAUCCAUCAAUUACAUGAUAAGGAAUAAAUAAUGUUUGUGUUUACCUACUAGACUAUACGUGACUACUUGUAAGAUUUUAAAUAAAAAUCAAUUUGAAGCAAUAUGAAAAAUUUAAUAAUAUAAUUAUGUAUACUCACAGUAUCUAUUGUACUUAUAAUAUCUUCUAUAAGUAUGUAUAUUUAGUUACAAAUAUAUGUAUGAUAAAGUUGAACCAAUAAUAAUUGUCAGUCUUUUCUAUAAAUGUCGAAUAUAGCCAGUAUAUUUAAUUUAGAACAUGCAUAUACCAAAUAAUUUAAAUAUGUUUGAAUGCAUCACAUAAAUAAACUUAUCAAUAAAGGAUACUUAUAAAUCACA